AUGCCCCAAAGGAAUGCGGUUUCCUGGUCCGCUGCAAUGGCUGGUUGCAUCCAAAAUGGCUGCGCUUCCGAGGCCCUUUAUUUAUUCAGGCGUAUGCAUUCCGAGGGCCUCACAAAACCAAAUGAGUUCACGUUUGUGAGUGCUCUUCAGGCGUGCUCUUUAACCCAGAAUGUGACUCUGCCUUACCAGAUUUAUUCAUUGGUUGUGCGGUCAGGAUUUAUCUCUAAUGUCUUCUUACUGAACGCCUUUUUGGCUGCCUUAGUGAGGCAUGGCGAAUUGACCCAAGCCUUUCAAGUUUUUCAGACAAGUCCAGGCAAGGAUAUUGUGUCAUGGAAUACCAUAAUAGGUGGUUACUUGCAGUUUUCUUGUGAGCAGAUUCCUCAAUUUUGGUGUUGCAUGAAUCGAGAAGGCAUGAAACCUGAUAACUUCACAUUUUCCACCGCCCUCACUGGGUUGGCUGCUCUUUCUUAUCUUGAAAUGGGAACGCAACUUCAUGCACACCUUGUCAAGAGUGGCUAUGGGGAUGACAUUUGUGUGGGGAACUCACUAGCUGAUUUGUAUAUAAAAAAUCACAAGUUAGUAGAGGGUUUCAGAGCUUUUCACGAGAUGCCUAACAAAGAUGUGUGCUCUUGGUCCCAGAUGGCUGCCGGAUGUUUACACUGCGGGGAACCCAGAAAGGCACUCACAGUCAUUGCACAGAUGAACAAAAUGGGCGUGGAGCCAAAUAAGUUUACCUUGGCCACUGCCCUAAAUGCUUGUGCCAGUUUGGCUUCCCUGGAGGAAGGGAAACAAAUUCAUGGCUUGAGGAUCACACUUGAAAGGGACAUUGAUAUUUGCGUUGAUAAUGCUCUUCUCGACAUGUAUGCAAAAUGUGGAUGCAUGGAUAGUGCAUGGGGUCUUUUUCGAUCAAUGAAUUCUCUUUCUGUCAUCUCGUGGACAACAAUGAUAAUGGCAUGUGCACAGAAUGGCCAAUCCAGAGAAGCUCUUCAAAUUUUUGAUGAAAUGAGGGAGACGAGUGUAGUGCCAAAUCACAUCACUUUCGUUUGUGUUCUUUAUGCAUGUAGUCAAGGUGGGUUUGUUGAUGAAGGGUGGAACUACUUUUCUUCCAUGACAAAAGACUAUGGAAUCUUCCCUGGAGAUGAUCACUAUGCUUGUAUGGUGAAUAUCCUUGGUCGGGCUGGACUUAUCAAAGAAGCCAAGGAGUUAAUCCUAAGAAUGCCGUUUCAGCCGGGUGUGCUAGUUUGGCAAACAUUGCUCAGUGCAUGUAAAGCUCACGGGGAUGUGGAAACUGGGAAACUUGCAGCAGAACAUGCCAUACGACAAGACCACAAAGACCCAUCAACCUAUUUAUUAUUGUCUAACAUGUUUGCUGAAUUUAGCAAUUGGGAUGGCGUGGUGAUUCUGAGAGAACUAAUGGAGACAAGAGAUGUAAAGAAAGUACCAGGAUCCAGUUGGAUUUAA